AUGUCUGCGGCGUUGACAGUACACCCAGACUUGUCGAGCUCGCAGCAUGAAUUGUCACUGGGAUCAUUCGCCAGCUUCUCAUCGAUUCCCGGGCGAACUGGUCUACGAGUUCCUUCAACAUCUUCUCGAACGACGGCGCAGUCUUCAGCACCACUUUCAACACCCUCGCCGCCCAAUGCAUCAGCUUUUCGACGAAAAGGGGACGACCCGGCCACCUCGCUAUCUUCACGCCUGGAUAUGCUCAACGACGACGGGGACGAACCGAUGGGAGGGGACGGCGAUGUGCUGGACACCCCAAGUGCAGAGAAGAAGCGGUGGACCGACGCACCUGAGACACCAGGGGCUGUCUCUCGCUCGAAACGCUCGAAAGGAGAAGGGAAAGGGGCACCGCUGACUCUACGAGACCAGGAAAAGCACAUCGACAACUUGAAGAAGGAGAACUUCAACAUCAAGCUGCGGGUGCACUUUUUGGAGGAGCAGCUAGCGCGGCUGGCGCCAGACCAGAUCGAUGCCGCCCUGAAACAGAAUAUCAAUCUCAAGAUCGAAGUCCAGCAGCGCGGGAUGGAGAUCAAGAAGCUCAAGAAGCUUGUGUUGUCACUGGAGCAUGAGCUUGAGCGCCUGCAGCGGAGUGGCGGUGGAGGAUCGAACAGAGGCCGCGAGCGUGAGUUGGAGGAACGACUCGAGGAGCGGGAGCGGGAGCUACAGGAGUUGAGGCGGAAGACAUCAGGACACGACGAUUCAGUGCUUCGAGAGCUCGAGGCACGCAACGCGGAGCUUGAGGAUGAGCUCGAGAACACGCGUGGACUACUGGAGGAGAAUAUGGAUGAGAUCGACAGACUGAAGGAUGUCAUCGAGCGGCGAGGGGAUGAUUCUGCGAACGAGAGUAGCGUCGGAGGAGAGAGCCGAAGAGAACGGAUGAAGCGCAGAAUCGAGGAGCUCGAGAUGGAUAACGACGAUCUCCGAGCAAAAUUGCAAGAACACGUCGAUGCACUCGCACAACGGGAGGAGGAGAAAGAAGACCUGGCAGAUGAGGUGGAUGCGCUGAGGCUAGAACUGGAAGACGUGCAACGACGUAGAGAGGCAGAGUCUAUCGAGCGUAGCGAAAGUAGGGCGCAGAUCCUGGAGGAACGAGAGGAAAGGGAGGCUGUCGAGGACGAUUUGAAUGCCUUACGUGACAAGCUGGCGGCAUUGAUCAUCGAGCUUCAGCAGAAGGAAGACGAGAUCGACCUCAAGAAUAAAGAAAUUGAGGAGCUUGUUGGCGAGCAUCAGCGUAUAGUGGAGGUCGUUGAGGAUGAAUGGCGGGGGGAAGUUGAAGAAGCGAGGGGACAGGUAGAGGAACUACGAGAUGUCCUAGCGGAACGAGAGGCAGAGUCGAAAGACCUACGGGUGAAUAUCUCGGAACUGGAAGCUAAUACCAAUGAUCUACACGCCAAAUUCGAAACGGCACUUGCCCACUUAGAGCAAGAGUCUGAUCAGAAGGAUUCAGAGCUAGAGUCUUUGCAGGAAACCAUUGACAAGCUCGGGGAGCAGAUAUACCAGCUGGAGGAUGAAAAUGAUCGUAUGAAGGAAGAGCACGAGCGGAUACGUGAGGAUGAGGCGGCGGAGCGGGAACGGCUGGAGGCACUGUCUGCUGCCUUGAAAGAGAAAAUUGCCAGUCUAAAAGAGGAACUCGCUCAGAUGACAGAGAAUUACGAGACGUGUAGCCAGGAGAUUCACGCACAUCGCACACGGCAGGAGGAACUGGCUCAGCAUAUCGAAGAUCUCGUCGAUGAAGUCCAGCGAGAACGUACCGCGCGCGAACGCGCCGAAGGUGAUCUGGAAGCCGCAGACAAAGAGCACGACGCCGCGAUGCGGCGCGAAAAACGCGUCCUCGAAGCCAAAGAAUCCGCCUUGCAAUCUGCUUUGAACGACCUCGCACGGACUCAGAGUCUACUUUCACAACGGGAGGCCGAUCUGCAGGCUGUGCAGAGCGCGCUGCAGGCUCUCGAAGCGGAGAGCAAGCGCUUGGGCGAGACGCACACGACGACACGCUUCUCGCUGCAGCUCGAGACUGACCGACUCAAACGAGACCUUGAGCGGCUAGAGGAUGAGCUGACGCGUGCACGAAAGGAACUCGAUGACAGGGAGGCGAAGAACCGUGAUCGGGACUCUGUCGUAGACCGUUUGCAUGCAGAGAAACGCGAUUUGGAGAGUCAGCUCGCCGCGCAGACCCAGGCGCGAUUGAAUCUAUCCGAGAAGCUCGACGGGUCGAUUGCAAACUUAAAGGCUUCCGAGGCAGAGAUUGUUGGGUAUAAAGCAAAGAUUGCUGACCUCGAGCAACGGUUGAACAAGGACCAGCGGUCAUUGUUGAACGCUGAGGUCCAGUAUCGGGACCAACUCACCGAGAGGAAUACUCUACUACUAACUAUUUAUCAAUAUCUUGAUAAGAUUCUGGGUGUUGACAAAACUCCUAAAAAGGGAAACCAGGCUGAAACAAAACCAUUCACCAACUUUGGUGUAUUCCACGACAAUCUCAUUACCCGCCUGAAAGCCCUUAGCCAGAUCCAGCUGGACUUCGACAAGCGAUGCAAAGAAAUUGAAGGCAAAUUCAGCGAUAAAUUGAACGACAUGCGCAAGCAGCUUGACCAGCGCUGGAAGCAGAUCGACAAGUUCGAGAGUAGUCUCAAGACGUACGCUGAGACGAAGGCUGGCUGGAAGCGCAAGUUUGCGCAAAAGGAGGGUGAGCUUGAGGCUAUCAAGACAACCAACGCCGAGAUGGCUUCGCAACUUGCGAGCAUGAAGCGGCCAGGCGGCGGUGACGCAAUGGAGUUGCGCUCACUAGCGACUCGGGCAGCCAACGCAGAGCGUAGGUUGAACAAUGCGCAAAACCAACUCAUCACGACCGAGGAGAAAAUCGCUGCGAUCAAUCAAAAGAACGCGGCUGCCGACAGUAAAUGGGAGGCUCGUGUGAAGGAAUAUGAGGCCAGAUUGAAGGCAGCAGAAGAGCGAAUUAAACGGGAGAGGCAAGGCGGGAAGGAACGUGUUGCAGAGUUGGAGGCUAGCGUCAGUCGUCUACAAAGACAACUUGAACUGGCUCAGAAGAGGAAUAGUCAACUCAAUGGGGUCUUAGACAACAAGGACAACCGUGCAUCAGGAUCAGGGUCGUCCACUCCUUCUCGGUGA